AUGGGGCUGCUGGCCGGCGACGAUGGCCCCGGGGGCCGCGGCGUGCGCGGGCCAGGCGGCCUGCCGGGCGGCAGGUGCGCGCCUCGCUGGCCCAUCGACGUGAGGGUCCGCGUGCCGCGCAGGUACCCAGCGCGCAGGGCCCUCCUGCUGCCCCCGCUGGCCGACGACGCGCAGGGCCUCCCCGGCGACCCCUCCGCCCGCGGCGAGGGCGCCCGGCCCGCACGCCCCGGCAGCUCCCCGGAUGGCGAGGGCGCCAGGGCGGAUGAGGUGGCCUGCUGCCGACGCACCCUGCGCGGCGCCGCCGCCGCGGCGCUGCUGUGCGGGGCCCCGGGCGAGGAGCCGGGCGAGGUUGAGCUGGAGGAGAUGACCACAGCGCGGCUCCGCUGCAGCAACAUGUUCGGCGACAUGCGCAUCGGCCAUAUGCUGCCGCGGCUGCCGAUGUUCCGCGGCUGUGGCGGGGAGUUCCUCGAGGCCCUCCGGCAGCGGGCGCGGAAGGUGCUCCUCCGCGCCGGGCAAUGCGUGGUGCAGGAGGGGAUGCCGAGCUCGGCGAGCAUGUACCUGGUCGCCUGGGGGUGCGUGGACGUGCACCGGGGCGGGCGCUGCUGCCGCAGGAUCCCCGAGGGCGGCUCCUUCGGCGAGGCCAACCUCCUGGGGCACCUCACGAGGUGGCCGUGCACGGUGGUGGCCUCGGCGGUGACGAUGACCUGCGAGAUCAGCCACGCCGCCCUCCACGCGGCCCUGGCCCUCCACGCCUGCGAGGCCGACCGGCUCGCCCUGGCGCUCGGGGGCCCUGGAGAGUUCACCGGCCGGCGUGAGCCCGAGCCCUGGAAGGCGCUGCGCCGCUGCGCGUCCCUGCGCCGCUGCGGGGAGCAGCUGCUGCGCGAGCUGGAGGCCUUCAUGGAGCCGCGCCUGUGCUUCCCCGGCGAGGCGCUGGCGGAGGAGGGCGAGAGCAGCGACGAGCUCCUGCUGGUCGACCGCGGGGAGGUCUCGGUGGAGGUCGCCGGCCGCACCGUGCGCACGGAGGAGGCGCCAGGCGCCCGGGUGAGGCUGACCUUCGCGGACGGCGGGGGCCAGCUCCCGUCGCAGCGGCGGAGCGCGGCCAUGGCGGGGUCGCCCCUGCCUGGGCGCGCCUCGGAGAGGCGUGCGCUGGGCGAGGAGAAGCCCGGCGACAGCCCCCGGCAGGUCUUCGACGAGGAGCCCCCCGAGGUGGUGGCCAUCGGGGAGGGCGCGCUGCUCGGCGUGUCGCCCGUCCGCACGGCCGCGGUCCGCGCGGUGCGGCUCUGCAGCGUGCGCAUCCUGGGGCGCCAGACGCUGCUGGAGGUGCUGUCGCGGCACCGGGCGGACCAGGGGCUCUGCCCGG